GGCGCGCUCUGCGCAGUGGCGAUGCUGACGUAGGAAACGCCCCGCCCUGCGCGGGAGCCCUCGGGGACGGCGGUGCUUUCGGCCCGCGGGGGACGCCAUGGCGCGAGCUCGGAAGAGGCUGGCGGGUGCCGCUGGGCCAGACAAGAAGGGGCCAGAAGGAAAACGGACUAAAACAAAGAACGAGUGUGAGGCAUCUGCUAAAGUGGAGAACUCCGGCCUCCAGGAGACUUCAGAAGCCUCUGAAGACUGUGGGAAGAAUCUCAGCAGAUACUGGCUGAUGAAGUCAGAGCCAGAAAGCCGACUGGAGAAAGGUGUAGACGUGAAGUUCAGCAUUGAGGAUCUCAAAGCACAGCCCAAGCAGACAACAUGCUGGGAUGGUGUCCGCAACUACCAGGCCCGGAACUUCCUCAGAGCCAUGAAGCUGGAGGAAGACGCCUUCUUCUACCAUAGCAACUGCAGAAAGCCAGGCAUCGCAGGGCUUAUGAAGAUUGUGAAGGAGGCUUACCCAGACCACACACAGUUUGAGAAGAACAGUCCCCAUUAUGAUCCAUCCAGCAAAGAAGACAAUCCAAAAUGGUCCAUGGUGGACGUACAGUUUGUUCGGAUGAUGAAGCGUUUCAUUCCCCUGGCUGAGCUCAAAACCCAUCACCAAGCUCAUAGAGCCACUGGUGGUCCCUUAAAAAACAUGGUUCUCUUCACUCGCCAGAGACUCUCUGUCCAACCCCUGACCCGAGAGGAGUUUGACUUUAUUUUGAGCCUGGAGGAAAAGGAACCAAGUUAACUGAGAUGCUGCUGCUAGAAUAGGCAAGACGCUGCUCUAGAGAUGUCCAGCUGCCACAAGAUAAGCAGGCGUGGGGAGCGUGCUUGUUAUGUUCACCCGGGGUUGUAUGCCGAGGUGGGGUUUGAGUACUUUGAAUAAAACAUGAAUAUCAAA